AGGCAGAUAAAUCAUAUUUGGUUUUUGGCCACUGAUAUGUCGGCCGGGUAUAGGAGUCUCACUGUUUAAUUUACUGAUAAAAAACCUAAAAAGCUGGAUGACCUCGAGGAUAACCUCAGGGAGCAAGAAAGCUUGAGAUUGUAUUAGAGGACGUCAAAAUAAACCCAUCAGCGAGUCCCCUAAGUCUACGGUAGUUUGCCGAGAUCCUUUUGUCAUCUAGGAUCACUGGUCUAAGUUUCUAGGAUAAAUAUAAAUAUGGGGCCCAUGCAUUUCUUCUUUUCUGCGCCCAGUUGCCUUAGUACCUACAAUUGCCACCCCACUGAACAUCAAACCAACCAACUUUCCUCCCUCCACAUCAUCAUCAAAGCUGUCCCCUUCUUCUCCUCCGACAUAUACCCCAAACAACCUUCAAAAUGGGUGGAGGCGAUCUUAACUUGAAGAAGUCCUUCCAUCCCGCGCUGCGGCGCAAUCAACAGGCCGUCUGGGAUGAAGAGCAAAAGGCCCUGGCCGAGCGCAAGCGAACACAACAGCGUAUCGACGAAAUCAAAGAGGAACUCAAAAAUGAAGAAGUCCAACGACAGCUUGAGGCUGCAGGAGGAAAAAAGCGCGUUGAUCGCGUUGACUGGAUGUACCAAGGCCCCAACGACGGAGAAGGUGGCACGACAGAAGAAUCAGAAGCCUACUUGCUGGGCAAGCGGCGUAUCGACAACCUUAUCAAGGGCACAGAGCAUAAGAAGUUAGAGAAAGAUGCGGGGACCGAGAGUUUCAUGGCGCUGCAGAAUGCGAAUACUGCGAGGGAUACAGCUGCAAAGAUUCGCGAUGAUCCGUUGCUGGCUAUCAAGCGACAAGAACAAGCUGCCUACGAAGCCAUGAUGAACGAUCCGAUCAGGCGCCGACAGCUACUCUCCUCGAUGGGGGUUGAUGAUGAGAAGAAGAAGGAAAAGUCACGGAGGAGGGAAGACCGACACGACAGGCACCGAAGGAGGCAUCGUCAUCGCAGUGCGGACCCUGACGAUAGACACCACAGACGACGACGCUCUGAUUCGCGAUCUCAAAGUCCACGACGCCGCGAUGAUUCAAGAGAGGAUCGGCACAGGCGACGCAGAGACGAUAGUCGAGAUGACCGUUCGCGACGAAGACGCGACGAUUCAGAGGACAGAGAACACAGACGUGAGCACCGCUCCCGUCAUGAGCGACCACGCGACGAGCGUCCCCGCGAAAGUCGCAGAGACUUCCGAAGAAGUUACCCUGACUCUCGCGACAGGCGGUCACGGUACAACGAAGAAGACGAUAAAGCCAAGGAGGAAGAGCGCCAGCGCAAGUUAGCCGCCAUGCAAUCUGCAGCAACAGAGCUCGACGACGAUCGCUCAAAGCGUCUUACGGCCCUGGAAGAACGGGAGGCAGCACUUCGAGAAGCAGAUGACAAGGCACGAGAGCGCGGAGGCGAUCGUGGCUUCGUGAACAAGCUACAUCAACAAGCAGGUCACAAGGGUCUUGCAGAACGUAUGGGCGGAGCGCGUCGUGGAUAUCAAAGGGACGAAGAUUAGAGAUGGAUUUUACACUGGGCGGCCUCUGUUGAUUGCUCUUAUUGCACAUUUACGGUUGAACGACAUCAUUAGAUUGGACUGUCAGGUUGAGUUAUGGGAUCAUCGGCAUAAACCGAGUCAAGGUUUUAAUAGAAACAAGUCUCUUGUCCAAUGUUGAACAAGCUGGCUUCUCAGUGUUGCAAUAUCGCCUCUUCCGCGUGAUACUACUACCUCUGCGGGCGGAAAAUAAACGAAGCCACUU